GUUUGGGGGUCAGGUUGGAGGCCGGCAGCAGCUCGCAGCUCCACUAGGCAGAUUGCCUGUUGUUGUGCUGACUGAGGACUGCUGCACACAAAGCAUGAAAAGUGUGGAUUCCUGGGGCCAAGGGCCCACGGGGUGGGCUCUGCGCUCCCUGACUAGCCUGUGGAGAAAGGAACAACUCAGUCAGCAGGCCAGGGCCACUGGAGCGAUGAAAAGAUAAUUCUUCCCCCCACUGCCACUGGACCUCAUGCAGCGUCAAACCAUUUGUGAACAGUGACACAGCCAGAUUGGGCCGAAAGGAUAUGAGUGGGAAACUUCAAAACCUGCUCAUGUUUCUGCGAACGUGAAAGGAUUUGUAUAACACAUUCAUAUUUGAUGGACUUUCCCAUGUUCACUCCGGACAGCCCUUUUUGUUGACAUGUUCAAAUAAUGAAUCUCUUAUGUGUAGGAUCCCUUUUUCCCCCCCGUUCCAGAGUCCUGUUUCUAGUUGUCGGGUAGGGAUGCUGUGCAAACCAUUCCAUCAUCUGUCCCAAGCUUAUGGAGAACCGCUGACUCGCUGGCUUCGAGGAACCUGGGUGCUGAAAUGGAACAUAUACUUUUGAUUCUUUUACUAUUUAGUAACAUCUUAUCAAUCGGAGCUCAGUUCAAUGGAUACAACUGUGAUGCCAACUUUCACAGUCGCUUCCCUGCGGAGAGGGACAUCAGUGUGUACUGUGGGGUGCAGACGAUCACCCUCAAGAUCAACUUCUGCCCUGUCCUCUUUUCUGGCUAUACCGACACCGAUCUGGCCCUUAACGGUCGCCAUGGAGAUGCUCACUGUCGUGGUUUCAUCAAUAACAACACUUUUCCCACUGUUGUAAUUUUUAGUAUCAGCCUGGCCACGCUGGAGUCCUGUGGCAAUUCCCUGGUGGUCUCCACAGCUCAAGGACCAAAUGCUUAUGGGAACCUGUCACUGGUGCAGAUCGGAAACAUAUCAGGUUAUGUCGAUACUCCGGAUCCACCGACCAUCAUCAGCUACCUGCCAGGUCUGCUGUACAAGUUCAGCUGCAGUUACCCACUGGAAUACCUGGUCAACAACACACAGCUGGCCUCGUCAGCAGCUGCAAUCUCAGUGAAGGACAGCAAUGGUACUUUCAUCAGCACACUGAAUCUACUGCUCUACAAUGACUCAUCAUACAUUCAGCAGCUGUCCAUCCCCAUGGCAGGACUGACCCUGAAGACACGUGUCUUUGCAGCUGUAAAGGCCGCUAAUCUGGACAGGAGAUGGAACAUUCUAAUGGAUUACUGCUACACCACGCCCUCUGGAAACCCUAACGAUGACCUCCGCUAUGAUCUUUUCUUUAGCUGUGAAAAAGACCCCCAGACCACCGUCUUUGAAAAUGGGAAAAGUCAAAUGGGCCGCUUUGCCUUUGAAGUAUUUCGCUUUGUAAAGCACAAGAACCAGAAGAUGUCCACCGUCUUCCUGCACUGUGUCACCAAGCUGUGUCGAGCAGAUGACUGUCCCAUGCUUAUGCCAAUCUGUGGCAGCAGGAAAAAGAGAGACAUCUCGGAGGGAAAGGAAUUUAACAGUGCAUCUGGGAAUGCUGUCUUGACUGCUGGGCCUAUCAUCACUCGGAGUGAAGAAACACCAACCAACAACUCUCAGCUGGCCCAUCUGAAAGCUCCAGUGUUUCAGGUGAACACAGUGACGAGCGCACUCAUCUCAGGUGUGAUCAUCCUGGGUGUCAUGAGUGUUUGCUUCUUCAUCUUCUCCCUCACCCUUCUCAAAGGCAAGAGCACUCCUGUAAGCAGCCUGUGUGGAGUCCGCAACCCAGCCUUCAACUGAUCGCUUGCACCCUACUCACUGCAGACACUCCUCCACAACUGACAAUGCUUAGUGGAGUCAACCAGCAGAUGUGACGUGAUGUUUGUGCAUGUAGUCAUUUUACAGGAGAAUAAAACACAAUGUUAAUCUAGAAAAUUGUUAAUAGGUAUGUACCAUGUGCAUUAGAAGUAAAGUGGAACUUUCUAUUUGUUGUUCUGUACUUUGUGUUUCAACCAUCUGGCAGGCUAGGUUUUAACCUGCAUGUGAUAAUUUGUCAUGCAGGGUUAACCCACAUAGUGGGGACACUCAUAAAUUAAUUCAAUACCUCAGCUAUACAGCUUUCAUUUGCAGGGUAUAGGGUCAAUUGCAAGGCUUACAGUAUGUCAUUAGCAUUGCAUGAUCUAAUGGUAAGCUCACACUUCCAGCUAAGAGACCGAAAUAUAAGAACACUUAAUUACUUCACUUAAUGACUUGAGGGAAACUCUACUAUAUGCUAUAAGAUAAGAUAGGCCUUUAUUAGUCCCGAACUGGGGAAAUUCACAAUACUCUACUAUAUAAAACGUUUAAAGUUCAAACCUUUGAUUAUGUGAUGUGAGCUAACAGCCCAACACUUGGGCUUGGAUGUUAAGCUUAAGCCUUCUUGACAUGAAAUCUAACUUUUAAAAGUAUAUUAAUAUAAUAACUGGCAUAAAUGUUUAAUUUAUUAAUAUUGCUACAUAUUAGACGGAUAGUCUUAUGAUUAAUAAGUGUGUUCUGUCUAAAUUCAUUCACUUUUAAUAUUUUAUGCAAUGUGGUAGCAGUUAAUUUGUAAGUUUUAUUUGUACAUGUACCCAAUGUAAGCUUGUAUGACUUUCCAAAAAUGUGUUUUUAAAAUGCCAUUGGUCUAUUCCUGAAGUGUGCAAAUUUUCUACAAUUGUACAUAAUGGAAGCAUUGCACUUUGACUUUGACUUGCCCAGUGUCAUAUUUGUAAACAUACAGUAUGAAAUUUAAGAUACAUCCAUAAUAAUAUGGUAGUAAUUUAUCAUUCUGAUCAAAUUCCUCAAGAAUUUCCACUGAUGCGCCCUUCUGAAGAGUUAGCUUUGGGUGGUAAUUAUAAUUGAGACUUGCUGUAUCACCAAUAUACAGUUUUCACUGUCUGUCUCAUGAAGGGAGAAAUCCACUGAAUAAAAAAGGAAAAGGAAUUCCAGUGACUGGAUUAUCUGUGAGUGUUACAGCAUUGA